AUGCAGUGGGAAGUAGUGAUGAAUACAGAACAACAAGUUACAUCAAAGUUAUGUCAUCAGGAUAUUGGCACAAACUUUAUUGCUACUUUUGUUUAUGCCAAAUGUGAUAAGGAAGGGAGACUAGAUUUAGGGGACAACAUGUACCAACUUGCUAGUUCUAUGGUGUUACCAUGGAUGGUUGGUGGAGACUUCAAUGUAAUUUUGUCAGAGGAGGAAAAGUUGGGUGGUUUGCUAGUAACUUUGAGUGAAUGUGAAGAAUUUGCUUUCUGUAUCAACUCUUGUGAAUUAUUUGACUUGGGAUUCAAAGAAAGCCCAUUUACUUGGUGGAAUGGGAGAGCUGCAGAUGAUUGCAUUUUCAAGAGACUGGAUAGAAAGUUGAAAAACUUGAAAGUUGCAUUAUCAAAAUGGAGUAAGGAAAACUAUGGGGAUAUCUUUAAAAAAUUGGCAAUAAACGAUGAAGUGAUAAAGAUGAAGGAAGCUCUUUUUGAAGAGGAUCCUAGCAUAGUGAACAAAAUUAUUCUUCAGAGAGCUCAAGCAAAAUUGAAGAAAUACUUAAGCUUGGAAGAACAAUAUUGGAAACAACUGGAUUCUAUGGAGCUUAUUACAGAGGAAGCAAUCAAGUUCUACAAGAAGCAGUUUACUAAGGAAAGGGACAUCAAUGACUUUAAGUUGUUGAAGCAUGUUCCUACUUUGGUAACUUGUGAACAGAAAAUGGCUCUAUGUUACUAUCCAACUAUAGAGGAGGUGAAGCAGGUUGUAUUUGAGUUGAGUGGGGACAAUGCAGGUGGUCCUUAUGGGUUUACAGGAAUAUUUUUAUCAACACUGCUGGGAGAUAAUAGGAAAUGA